AUGAUGUACAACAAUUCAACAACUAGUGCAUCGAACAAUUGGACUAUGUCGAAUAAUUAUACUACCCCUUCUACGAUGUAUGAUGAAAAUUAUGAUAGUGGUUGGCAGAUUUUUCCACCAGACUAUGUUGCCCAAGAAAUUGAAGACAUUCAGCCAUUAGCCCAACAAGUCAGCCCAGAUUCCACAGGAUCACCAGAAACAUCCUACGGCCCCUACGGGUGCUCACUGCCCCAAAGAUCACGAUCAUCCCCCGCAGUAACACCAGAUUCCACCAAACCCCUCCACACAUCAGAAACACCCCAGACAUCUUCGUCAGUAGACCUCAAAUCCGAAAACUACGACCCAGAAGGUUCAGAGAAGAGUUUAGCUGGACCAAACAGUGUUGAUCCUGGUCAUCAUUCAAGGAGUUUGGGUGUUUUGGAAGGAAGUCAUCAUGGGUUUGAAGAUGCGGCUGGUAAUCAUUUGAGGAGGCUGCAGGUUACGACGAGUGAAUAUGGUGAUGGCAGUGUGGAGCAAGCAAGAUCGGAGUCUAUUGAUGGAGGAAUCGAUGAAGAUGACGAUUUAGACGAUCACCUAGAUCUCACAUCCAAAGACCCAUCAGAUCCUAACUCUAUUCAUGGUGGUAGCGGUCAUAAAAAACGAAAGAGGCGAGUCUUGUUCAGCAAACAACAAACAUAUGAACUAGAAAGGAGGUUCCGUCAACAAAGGUAUCUUUCUGCUCCCGAAAGAGAACAUUUGGCAAGCUUAAUUCGACUCACACCUACACAAGUCAAGAUUUGGUUCCAAAACCAUAGGUAUAAGACAAAACGUGCCCAACACGAACGAGGAGGCGGUGGUCCUUUACCUCACCAUUUGGACGCUCAUCAUAUGUUGAUGGGAGGUCCAGCAAAUUCUGGAGGCCACAGCCCUCGUAGAGUGGCAGUGCCAGUACUUGUCAGGGAUGGCAAACCAUGUGGAGGUUCAGAUGCUACAAAUACCACCAUAGCAGGUGUUGCCAACAGUGUAAUUAAUGGAGUUGGUGGUGUCAACGGAGGAUAUGUUGCUUACCCGCCUUCUAUGCUUCAUCAUCACCAGAGGUGGUGGUAUAAACAUUGAAGUGGAAGGAAAAAUUUGGAGAU